AUGGAAAACUACAAAUCCCUCGACAGCCCUUUGCGCUAUACAGUCGGGUGGAUCGCUCCACUUGCGAUCGAACGAGCCGCCGCCGAAGCUCUCCUCGAUGAAAAACACGAACAACCCCGCAACUUCAGUCAGUCUUGCAACGACACACUCUCCUAUUCGUGGGGCAGUAUUGGGAAACACAAUGUUGUCAUCGCAUCGCUCAAGGCUGGGAUGUACGGCACAAACUCGGCUGCGACGGCUGCAACCUCGAUGUUAUCGACCUUUCGUGGAAUCAGGUUCGGCUUGCUGGUUGGCAUUGGAGGUGCAAUACCCCGCGCAGAUGGACCCGACAUUCGACUGGGAGACGUAGUCAUCAGUGAGCCGAGCGGCAGCACUGGAGGAGUCAUCCAAUACGACCUAGUCAAACUGAGUCAAGGCCACCGCGAACGCAAAGACUUUCUCAACGCUCCACCGGACAUUCUCCUCUAUGCGCUGUCGAAUCUGAAGUCACAGUACGAACAAAGGCCGUCCAAAGUCCCUAGUAUUCUGGCCGAGAUGGAAAGUCGGAAUCCUUACAUGUUUCAGCCUCGGCCGACAAAUCCUGGGUACAGACACCAGGGUUUUGAAAACGACCGUCUCUUCAAUGCAAACUACGGACAUGCCCCGGGAAAAAAUUGCGAUAAUUGCUUGGGAGAAGAAGAGGUCAAGCGGGAGGUACGAGGGACGACCGAGCCAGUUUUCCACUUUGGUGUCAUCGCCUCCGGAAAUACACUUGUCAAGGAUGCCGCAGGGAGAGAGGAACUCUUGAAACACAUCCCCGAUGAAUGUAUCUGUUAUGAGAUGGAGGCUGCAGGGCUGAUGAACAGUUUUCCAUGCCUCGUCAUUAGAGGCAUUAGCGACUAUUCCGAUUCUCACAAGAACGAUCGAUGGCAACGUUACGCAGCUGCUACUGCGGCUGCAUUUGGCAAGGAACUGUUGGGUAUCAUUCCUGAGAAGGACAUAGAGAUUGCGGACGCUGCCAUCGAUGUUAUCGAAAAAUUUGCGCAUCAGAUCACCAGAAUACAGGACUUGGCUGAAGAUGCGAACCAACGCAGCGAAGAGACCAGACUGCAGAAUUGGCUGUGUCCACCAAACCCAGCAGUCAACCAUGCCAAGGCUGUCGAAAAGCGCUACAAAAACACCUGGCAUGCCUUUCUUUGGGUGCACGGCAUCGCUGGAUGCGGCAAAACAAUUCUCAGCUCAGCCGUCAUCGAAAAACUUCGAGAAGAAAUCGCGGGAGACCCAAUUACUAUGGUUGUCUACUUUUACUUCGACUUCAACAACGAAGAAAAACGAAACUUAGCGGGCAUGGUGUGUUCUCUCGUCCACCAGCUGCAACUCUCCGAUGCGGGCAUCAGAGAAAAUUUACUCCGUGCCGAAUAUAGGUUCGGAGGUGACAGACCAAGCAUCGACAUUUUGAAUAAUUCCUUGAAGCAAGGAGCCAGCCAAGUCAGGAAUGUCUACGUUGUUCUAGAUGGCUUGGAUGAAGCCGACAAGGGUGAGAAGCUGAAAAUUUGCCAUUGGAUGAAGGACAUGAUCCAACGCUCCAACACCAAUCUUCGAAUACUAGUGACCAGUUGGAGCGAGCAAGACAUUGAGGCUGAGCUACGCGACAUCGAUAUGAUUUAUCACAUCCAUCGCAAAGCAACCCAGGUUGAUAUACAGGCAUACGUGGAAGAUGCCGUCCAGAGUGAUUGCCGUUUAAGAAGGUGGUCGUCAUGUCCGGCCGUACAGCAAAGGAUCUCGAGAACCUUGACGGAGGAGGCAGAUGGCAUGUUUCAAUGGGUCUCAUGCCAGCUCGACAGUUUAGAGGACUGCAUUGACCACCAGGCGCUGGAGACAGCUCUGCUUUCUCUACCGGCGUCACUCGAGAACCUUUAUGAUCAAAUCCUUAGCAGGAUCCCGAAGCCGCAAAAGCGAAACGCUUUGAGACUACUUCAGCUUCUCGCUUAUUCAAGCCGACCGAUGAGGGCUGAAGAAGCCAUUGACGCGCUUGCGACCGAUGUUUCAGUUCGACCAGCCUUUAAUCCAAUCAACAGACUACCUGCUGCGGAGGAAAUCACAAGAUACUGUUCAAGCCUGAUUGCUGUAGAUUCAGUGGAAUACUACGAUGUGGCUCCAAUUCCUGAAGACCUCAAGUCCAAAUCAGACCUUUUUGGUCAUGAUCACACGCAGUUAGUCACCUCCAGAGAGUUGAAGUUAGCCCACAAGUCCGUCAGAGACUACAUCACAUCAGAGGUGGCCGAGGCUAUAACAGAACAACACCUGCAGGAGUCGAUUGCGAAAGCGGAAGUUGCCAAUGUGAGCUUAUGCUAUCUACUAAGCUUGCCUUGUAGUCUUCCGGUCUGGGAAGUCAAUAGAAGGCUACCAUUCGCGCUGUGGGCAUCGAAGCAAUGGUGGGAAUAUGCAGACGUUGCUGAGCAAAAUGAGACGACAAGAGCAACAAUUGUCGAGCUUCUGAGUAACAUCAAGACAUAUCGGACGUGGAGAUUCCUUUAUUCACCGGAGGCUUUCAAGGAGAUGGCAAGUGAAGUCGCCCACAUCGAGUAUCUCAAGCGGAGAAAAUCCGAGUCGAAACCGGACGAGGCCCGAGCAGCGGUACCUGCAUUGCUUACCGCAACUACCAGAGGUCUGAGUCGUUCAAUCGAAAAACUAGCUGCAACACCUGGUAUUAGUCUGGAGUAUCGGGAAACUUGGAACCCCUCGCCGUAUGACUUUCGUCCACCAGGAUUUGAGCGCCUAGCGAGCGGGAAAUUUGCGACACCAACGGCGUUGUACAAAGCUUCGGAGAUUGGGAACAGCGACAUCGUCAAAACCCUUCUCGAAAACGGCGCACAAGCCCAUUUGAUGGGCGGCGUGUAUGGAAGUCCACUGUCUAUUGCGUGCCUGAAUGGCCAUGAACAAGUGGUGCGCCUACUUCUAGACCACACAGAAGAAGGAUGCGAAAUCUCGGUGAAGCUUGCGCUUCUUCAUGUGAUAUCCAAGCACCGCAUUUCCAUCCUAAAACUCUUCAUGAAAAUAAAGCCGACUUCAUUGUUCGAUAUGCUUGAGAUUCCCAUUCCCCACAGCGUACAUCACGUGCAAGGGGUGAAGGUCCCACGCGGAAAAAUACCCGACGAAGAUUUCAGUUGGUUUGUCAGACAAGUUCUUGACCAUUCGAUCGAUCCUCUAGAUGCCGAAGAUCCGUACCACCACAUUCAGCUCCUUGUUGGUGAGUUCAAAGCUGCGCUGAAGUCCAGCAGCCACGUCGCGAUUCAAAAAAUUGUCCAUCGGCUUGACCCUUAUCGGUACCGUGAUACAACUCGAUACAUGGUUCUUCACGCAAUGUCGAAGUCUCCGUUCGCCCAUUUUGCCUUUGAGGCCAGCAGUGUAGAUGCGCUAAACAUAAUCUACAAGCUCUACGAGCCCAACUGGGAGACACCAAGCUGGGAGACAAUAAAUUGGAAUUUGUCCGGCGGCUUCACCAUGAUCUACGAAAGAGACUUUAGAUUCCUCAUUGCAUCUUGUUACCACCCCGCCAAGUCAGACAUGGAAUCUAGUGUUUGGGACCUCCAUGAUGACAUCUUAAUGGUCAGGUGCCGGAGGUCAUUUAAAAACGCCUUUCACCUCGCCGCUGAGCAUGGCGACUUAGACCUCAUCACAGCUCUCAAAAUGCGCGCAGCAGAUCAAGACUUCUACGUUGAAAUGAGCGACGCUGACGGCAACACGCCACUCAUCCUUGCUGCAGCAAAGGACUCAACCAUUUCGGUUUGGACGCCAUUGCAGCAGCUGUUGCAAAUGGUCAUCGAGAUGUGGCGAAGUCUCUAA